AUGCUGUCGCCAAUUCGUACAAUUGGGGCGCUCUUAAUCACCGUCUUGUCACUCCCAUCGUCUUGCAAUGCCGCUAGUGCUAUAUCUACAGCAGUAGGCUCUUUGCCUACUCUAAGUCCUACCUCCCAGCAUCAAACACCCACACUUUCUAUCGAGUAUUACGAUUCUGAACCGCACGGAAAUUCCACCAGUCCGGUUGCAAUCCUGAUUCAUGGAUUUCCAUAUUCAAUCGAUACUUAUGUCAAUGUCGUUCCAAAGCUUACCGCAAAAGGCUAUCGCGUGAUCGUUCCAUCUCUACGCGGAUUCGGCGGCACAACAUUCCUAUCCCCGACAACGCCGCGAAGUGCUGAGCAGGCGGCACUGGGAAAGGACGUGAUCGAUUUGAUGGAUGCUCUCAAAAUCGAAAAAGCUAUAUUUGCAGGCUACGACUGGGGAACCGUCGUUGUCAAUGUAGCUGCAGCAUUGUGGCCUGAGCGGUGCUCAGGAAUGGUGGCGGCAAACUCCUACCUAAUUCAAAACCGCGAGACCGCUUGGAAUAUUGCGCCUGCGAGCUCGUUUCCAGUGAAGUGGUAUUAUUAUGUCUUCCUGACACCAUUCGGGUACUCAUCCCUAGCCAAUGACACGAAGGGAUGGGCAGACGUUCUUUGGUCUAAGAAUAGUCCCAAUUGGACCUUUACCGAGAGCGAGCUUGAUGCCGCAUCGCUGGCAUUCCACAAUCGGGACUAUGUUGACAUCGCGACAAACUUUUAUCGUAACCGCCUUCUCUAUGCAACUGGAGAUCCCGCCUACGCCGAUCUAGCCAAUCAGUUAGACAAGCAGCCGGUCAUCACUGUGCCUUCUGUUACUCUUGAUCCUGAUCAAGCUGUUGUGUUCCCGGCAACAGAUGGAAGUGCUACCGCGAAGUACUUCACCGGUCCAAGAGUUCACCAUAUUGUCAAAGGCUGUGGAGAGAACAUUCCCCUGCAAGAGCCACAGAUGUUUGCGGAUGCAAUUUUUGAAGUCUCACAACUUGGUAGUUAA